GUAUAUCGUGACGCGGAAGCUGGGUGAAGGGAAGUUUGGAACGGUUAGCCUGGCUGUCAGGAGAGGGACCAACCAGAAGUAUGCGGUGAAAGUGAUGCCUGCCUAUGGGGAUUUGGAGAUGCGAAUCACCAAAUGUCUCAGCCAUCCUCACAUAGUUCGACUCCAUGAGACUCUUCGCAGUCAUAACUCCCUCUGCCUGGUCUUGGAUUUGUGCCUCGGUGGAGAUCUGCACCAGUGGAUCUCACAGCGUUUUCGGAAGGACAAAGCUGGGCAGCUGUACAGAACGCCACGUCGAAGCGAGGUGGCAACCUUUGUAUGGCAGAUGUUGACGGCCGUGGCCUACCUCCACCAUCACAAGAUUGCGCACCGCGACAUUAAACCUGGGAACCUCCUCCUGGAGGACCCGACUACUCCCUUUACAUUGAAACUAGCAGAUUUCAACCUGGCGUGCAAUUUUCGAAAGGGGCAAAAGCUGUCCUCACGCUGCGGCUCGCUGAUGUACCUGGCGCCAGAAGUCAUUCAGAGGUCGUACUCUGAGCGGUGCGAUGUCUGGAGCAUAGGUGUCACCUUCCAGGACCUGGUCACCGGG